AUGGCUGUCGACAUUUCGCCGAACAACGACGGAGGAGUCUUGAAGGAGAUCCUGAAAGAGGGUGUCGGGGAAGAGACACCGGCACCGGGGUCAAAAGUUAAGGUCCACUACACCGGAACUCUCCUGGAUGGCACUAAGUUUGAUUCCAGCAAGGACCGGGGAGAACCUUUUGAGUUCGAGCUGGGCGAGGGCCGGGUCAUCAAGGCUUGGGACAUCGGAGUUGCUACUAUGAAGAAGGGCGAGGUCGCCAUACUUACUUGUGAUUCUGAGUACGCUUACGGCAAGAGUGGAUCUCCGCCGACUAUUCCUCCAGAUGCGACUCUUAAAUUUGAGGUUGAGGUUCUUGACUGGGCUGGCGAGGACUUGAGUCCUAAUAAGGACGCUAGUAUUCAGAGGUUCAAGAUUGUCGCUGGGAAUAAGGACGAGGGGUGUCCUAAUGAUGGUGCUUUGGUGCAAAUUCACCUGGUGGGAAAGUACAAUGACAAAAUCUUCGAGGAACGAGAUGUAACUUUCAACCUCGGAGAAGGCGAAGACCAAGGAAUUGUCGAGGGAGUAGAAGCUGCACUUGCCAAAUUCCGUGUUGGAGAAAAAUCUAGGUUGGUUAUUAAAAGCAAGUUUGCUUACAAAAAAACUGGAAAUAAAGAGUUCAAUAUUCCACCUGAUGCUGAUCUUGAGUACAUCAUUGAAAUGAAAUCAUUUGAAAAGCUUGCAGACGUCUGGACAAUGGAACCCGCUACAAUAAUCGAGCAAGCGAAGAUAAGCAAAGAAAAAUCAACAAACUACUUCAAGGCUGGUAAAUAUCACUUGGCGAUAAAGAUGUCCCGAAAAAUAGUCGAGUAUCUGGAGAGCGACAGCGAAUUUGACGAGAAAUUGAAACCAGAGCGCGACCAAUUGCUCUUGUCGGCUCACUUGAACCUUGGACUGUUUUACCUGAAGAUAAACGACAACUUUGAAGCGAAAAACGCGUGCACUAAAGCCCUUGCGAUCGAUAGUAGCAAUGAGAAAGCUCUGUUCAGGCGCGGGCAAGCUUUACUGGCGCUUUCUCAGCCCGAGGAAGCUAAGAAAGAUUUUGAGAUGGUCACCAAGAUAGAGCCGAGCAAUACUGCUGCGGUAAAGCAGAUUGCAGCUUGCCGAGAAUUGAUACAGAAAAACCGCGCCCAGGAGAAAAAGCUUUACGCGAAUAUGUUUGAAAAAAUGGCAAAAGCCGAUAAACAGAAAGAAGAGGAGUUUUUGAGACGACAGCCGGAUGUAAUGCAAGGAACUCUCGGCGAAUGGGGACAAGAGGAAAGACCUGGAGGCAGAGACGCAACAGCCUUCGAGAAAGAAAAUCCAAAUAUUCUUAUGUUAAACGCCAACGGGACUGACGAGUUUAAAAAUAUGUAA